AUGGCUGAGGUCGUCCACGAGGUUAUGAUUGUGCCGGGAGAUGAGGAUUUGGACCACGACGUAUCAGAUAUGGAGAGCAUUGCUUCGUCGAGUACAAGCAUCACCGCUUCUAUCCUCGACUACCGGAUCGAGAAUUGCAGAACGUACCACCGAUGUAAAGACGGCAGUAAACUCGGUCUGGCCCCUCCCUGCAAAGUGGACUCCAAAGUCGGCCGCGUCCUCGACGUCGGAACCGGCACCGGGGUUUGGGCCAACGAUUUUGGAGACUUGCACCCCCAAGCUGAGGUUCUUGGUGUCGAUCUCUCUGCUCCUCAGCAUGAUUUCGUCCCUCCAAAUGUAAGGUUCGAAAUAGAUGAUAUCGAGGAAGAGUGGACGUACUCGAAGCCGUUCGACUACAUUCACAGCCGCUUCAUGAACGCGAGCAUCGCAGACUGGAAGAAAUAUGUCAAAAAAUGCUACAAUAACACUGUCCCGGGCGGAUACCUCGAGCCUCUCGAAAACCAAGUCGAUCCCGUGUCCGACGACAACAGCCUUCCCAAAGACUCGUCGAUUCUGGAGUACGUCCAUCUCAUCCGUUCCGGGUCCGAGAAAAUGGGUCGUGUGUUCGUCGACGUUUCUACACUGAAGAGUCUCGUUAUCGAGGCUGGCUUCGUUGACGUUGAGCUCCGGAUAUUCAAGUGGCCCAUGAACGGUUGGUCAAAGGACAAGAGGUAUAAAAAGCUCGGCCUCUGGUGCCACGAGAACUUCUCUAGCGCCCUCGAAGCCGUUUGUAUGGCGCUGCUCACCCGUGUUCAUGGUUGGUCCCGCGAUGAAGUCGACGUCUUCCUCGUCAACGUCCGCAAGGAUUUGAACAACAGGAGCUAUCACGCCUACUUUCCCAUCUACUCGGUCGUCGGCCGUAGGCCUGAGAGGGAAGAAGCCACAGCCUCCGCUUAG